CAUUAAGCAUAAAAAAAAGACAAAGUAGUUUAUGUCUUCUCUCUUACUAUAACUCUACACAACACAACAUAACCAGCUUUCACUUCUUUUGUCAGAAGAAGCAGCUAUUAAGAAAACAAUGUGUGAGUUUGAGACACACACAUUGUUCCAUUCUCUCUUCAAAAAACAACUAUGUCUAAUAAUAAUUCAUUCAUAGUACUUUGGUGCUGUUCUUUACUUCAAUCUCUCUUCUUCCUUCCCUCUGCAUCUUAAAAGGAAAAAAUGGGCAUUUUACUGUGGAAUCUGGGUGGCUUAAUGAUGUAGGAAAUAGAUAUUGAGUGCUUCCUGAGUUCGUUCGUUCGUUCGUUCAUUCGUAAAAUGAAAUCAGGAUUUAAAAAUGGUUGGCCUUCUAUUGUUCGACUUCGUCUCAAAGACAAAUCAGUGACACCGUUUUGCAUAUUCUCAAAAGUGAAAUCAGCUGGAAACAAACCUGGGAACACUCCUGUGUAUCUCAAUGUGUAUGAUUUGACAACAGUAAAUGGCUAUAUGUAUUGGGCAGGUGUUGGUAUUUUCCACACUGGGGUUGAAGUUUAUGGAGUAGAAUAUGCAUUUGGAGCACAUGACUAUCCAUCAAGUGGUGUAUUUGAGGUUGAACCAAGGCAGUGCCCUGGAUUCAAGUUUCGGAAGUCGAUUUUCGUGGGAACUACUAGCUUAGAUCCAUUCCAGAUUCGCGAGUUCAUGGAGAACCAGUCUGCAAAUUACAAUGGUGAUAGUUAUCACUUGAUUGUCAAGAACUGCAACCAUUUUUGUGAAGAUAUUUGUUACAAGCUAACAGGGAAUUCUAUACCCAAAUGGGUCAAUCGUCUUGCAAGAAUAGGUUCUUUUUGCAAUUGCAUACUCCCUGAAGCCCUUAAAACUUCCACUGUUCAGAACGAUCCAAACUUUGAAGGGUGUGAUAACGAAAAAAAGAGACUUCGAACCGCCUUCAGUUGUUUGUCAUCAAUCUCAAUGCCUCAAAGGGAAGUAUCAAUGUCUUCGUUGUUUCUUCACUCUCACUAUAAAGGUUGUUUACCGCCGUGGGAGUUAAAGAAAUCGAAAAAAGGCUCACUAAAGCAAAAAUGAGAACACUACUUUGCUUCUCUCAUUAACUCUUCUCUGUUGUAGAGUAUCCAUUUUUUUUUUCUGGUAACUGAAUACUGGAAAAAGAAAUUAUUGUUUUCAGUCAUCCAUGUUUCUCCAUAGGAACCAAAUUUUCUGUUCAUAUUUAUUUUGAUUGUCCAAACUGUUUCUAUUUUUUCCCCUUUUUUUCUUUUUGUUGUCUAGUUUUCAGUUUGUAAUCUUUGUCUGAUUCUGAAUUUCUGUAAUAUAUAUUGCUGUCUCUCAGCUAGAUUUUUCAUGGCUGGAGAAAAUAUUGCAUGUGCUAAAUUGCUCUCAAGACUAUCUCAGUUAAGGCCAUUUUGAUUUAAAUUUUGAGGAGACUGGUCAUGUUUGUAUAGUUGAUGAAUUGAUGAAAAGUGAUGUUGAUAAA